AUGCCGGCCGUCUACCCUACCGAGCAUGUCGUCGCGUCAUUCCCCUCGGAGAACGUGUUGCUGCUAACAAUGCAACGCGCCAAAAUCAACGCCUUGAACACGGGUCAGUUUUGCGUCCCCGGAUCGACCUCGGCGUGUUCCCAUUUCUUCCUCGGCGCACUGACACCAGUCGUGACUUUCCUCACCAGCGCUCUGGGUCGAAAUUGGUAAACACAUGGAUGUCGCUUCCGCCGACUCGGACGUACGCUGCGUCGUUCUGGCCAGUGGAUUGGACAAGAUCUAUACGGCAGGAUUGGACCUCACGUCAGUCGCCGCAAAGCCCGAAUUCGGCUGCUGGGUUCAAGGCGAUCUUGAAAGGCACGAAUGCUGAUUUGUGGGUCAAAUUUUCCUACAGUGAGAGUGGCUUGGACCACGAUGGAACGGAUGCAGGUCGCUUGGCGCUUCAACACCGAAGCGUAAGCCCACGCCCGUGCUCCCAUCUCGGCAUCUCCGGUCGGUGGUCGCGAAUUUCCUCUAUCUAACCAAAACCCAUUUUCUAUCCCGCCACAGUACAUCAAACUCCUCCAGGAUGCUGUCUCUGCGAUCGAACGAUGUGACAAACCCGUCAUCGCCGCCGUGCAUGGCGUCUGCCUCGGCGGGGGAAUCGACAUCAUCGUCUCGGCCGAUAUUCGAUAUGCCGCUGAAGGGUCGACGUUCUCCAUCAAGGUACGACCGUAACGAGGACAAUCUCUCAUAUCAUGUGCGAUGAUUCUGAUCCAAACUAUCUCCCAAAUGUACCCCAAUAGGAAGUGGACGUUGGGCUCGCCGCGGACGUCGGAUCCUUACAACGCCUCCCCAAGACAACCGCCUCCGCUUCCCUCCUGAACGAACUAGCCCUCACAGCCCGCAACUUUGGUCCCCAAGAAGCCUAUCAGCUCGGGCUCGUUAGCAAAGUUGUUCCGGGGGGCAAGGAAGGGGUGCUGAAGGCUGCGUUGGAUACGGCGAAAGUGAUUGCGAGCAAGAGCCCUAUUGCGACGUUGGGCACGAAGCAUCUGUUGACUUACUCGAGGGACCAUACGACGCAGGAAGGUGAGCGCGGACACUCGGUCGAGGGAUCAAAGGCCGUGGAUCUUGAAUGGCUGAUCUUGCUGAUUUGA